GCUCAACUUUCAACAUUUGGGACAGAUUUUAAAGCCUUUGCUAGCUGAUAUUUACGACCGUAACUUCCCCAACAUCAAAUUCCUCCUCGGUCGCGGUCGUGUGAGCUGCAUUGCAUGAGCUGCACGGCGCAGACUUAGUAAAUAUGCCUCCUACAGGAGCUCAAUUGCAGCAGCAACAGCAGCAGCGGCAGCAAUUUGUUCAUCCAGCCGCACAACAUGCUAAAAAGAAAGCAGCGUCCCCGUUCAUGAUUGAACCCAUAAAGGCACUUUACGUCUUCCUAAUUGUAAAUCUCAUAUCUGCUUUAUUUGCGCCUAUUCAAGAUUGCGAUGAGACCUUCAACUAUUGGGAACCGACCCAUUACAUCUCUCAUGGCUACGGGUUACAGACCUGGGAGUAUUCACCAGAAUAUGCCAUCCGAAGUUGGUCUUAUGUCGGCUUACAUGCUAUAAUUGGAAAUAUUAGAAGAUUAUUACCUCAAAAUACAAAGCUCUCCGAGUUUUACUUCGUUCGAUAUGUCUUGGCAUUUGUUUGCUCAUUAUGCCAAGUGCUCCUAUACCGUGUCAUCAGCUUCACCCUGAAUCCUAGGAUUGGCCUAUUCUUUCUUAUCGCGACGGUUGUAUCCCCCGGAAACUUCCACGCCAGUACGGCCUACCUACCCUCUAGCUUCGCCAUGUACACGUCCAUGCUUGGGGCUGUCGCAUUCAUGAAUUGGAGGGGAGGACUUAAGACGUCAUGGGGCAUAUGGUGGUUUGCCGUUGGUGGCAUCCUGGGAUGGCCUUUCGCUUCAGCUCUGUGUGCCCCUUUCCUGAUCGAGGAGGCUAUCUUUGCGGUCCUAAACUAUCCCCAGAGUUUUUACGAUGCAGUCCUCCGUGUCGGCAGAGGUGUAGUUGCCGCCUUAUUGCUCCUUGUCGGCGACACGGCUAUCAAUUCUUUCUUCUACAAGAAAAUCGAGGUUGUCUCUUGGAACAUCGUGAAAUACAACAUAUUCUCUUCUACGGGAGGCCCGAACCUCUACGGAACAGAACCAUGGACCUUCUAUUUCAGAAACCUUACCAUAAACUUCAAUAUUUGGUUCAUUCUAGCCUUACUGUCUUUGCCUCUAUUCCUCAUCCAAAAGGUCGUCUCCUCAAAGCAGCAUAGCUUUGGGACUGGGAUGCGUACGGUCGUAUUCCUCUCCCCCUUUUAUAUGUGGCUUGGUAUCUUCUCUAUGCAGCCACAUAAAGAGGAGCGGUUUAUGUAUCCUAUGUAUCCAUUCAUCGCUUUGAAUGCCGCCUUGGGGUUUCACAUUAUCUUGUCGGCCUUCGGCAAUCCCGACCCUAAAACCCUCGUCGGAAAGAUCCCAGCACGCUUGAAGCUUUUCACCGUUUUGGGCGUACUAUUAUUAUCGCUGGGCCUAGGCCUUACUCGCAUUAUCGGCGUAUAUACCGCCUACUCCGCGCCUUUGAAGCUCUACGAACCGCUUGGAGCUGGGAAAAUUGGUCAAGAAGGUCUAGGUGGACGCGGGGAUUAUGUGUGUUACGGUAAGGAAUGGUACCGGUUCCCGAGUUCUUACUUUUUACCUCGGGAUAUGCAUGCGAAAUUUAUUCGGUCAGAGUUCCGUGGGUUACUACCUGGAGAGUUCUCUGAAGCACGAACUGGAUUUGGCUUCUGGAGCGGUACCUGGCUGCCUGUAAGCGGCAUGAAUGAUCGCAACGAAGAGGAUAUGGGUAAGUACGUGGAUAUCAAAGCAUGCAAUUUCUUAGUCGACACGCAAUAUCCGGGGCAUGAUCAACCCCUACCGCCAAACGAGCCGAAUUACAUCGCAGACAAGGAGAACUGGGAAAUUGUUAAAUGCGAAGCGUUCCUAGAUGCGGCAAAUACGCAUCUCCUUGCGAGAGUCUUAUGGGUCCCGGACUUGAGUUUCAUUCCGGAGAAAUAUAGAAGAAAAUGGGGACAGCACUGUCUGUUGCAGAAGAGAAAGCAAUCAGGAGACUCUACUCCCAAGUCCGAGUCUUGAGCGGAUAGCGAAACAUAGAAGACCACCGUUAAAUUGAAUGAGUUGAAUAGUGUCCCAUGUAGCUAGACAUCUUGGCGUGAUGCUUUUUAGACCAGUUGGAUAGUCUAUUUCAAGCUAUAGAUCACGGCAAGGGGUAACCAUUUCUGGCACUUCUAAUUCGCAUGCAACUCAGGUGGACUCUAUUGGCAACGUAAUGGCCGUACUAGUCUGCUGAGAUGGCCGAAUUUCCAACCAUUAAAAUUGGAUAUUGAUCAUGGAUCGUCGGUAUAUCCACGGUGACAUAUACGGCCUGGACUCCGGUCCGCUCGGGUCGAAUUGCGUGUGGGCUCGUUAAGCUGCAAGGCGUGGCGUGGCGUGGCAGGCAGCAGUCUAGUGUCAAUUAAUUACUCGUUAAAUAUAAUAUAAUACCGG